AUGCUCGCGCCCAAGAGCACUCACAAGCGCAAACGCAGCUCGGCACGCUCCGACAAGGCGCGCAAGCUCGGCGCAGCACGCUGGAUCGUCAACCUCCUCCCGCCAUCCUCCGACCCACCCAGCAGCCUUGUGUCGAAACGCAGCCGCCGUCUCGAAGCGCUGAUCGAUGCGCAUCCGUUCAAUCGCAGUCUCGAGAUCAUCGUGCCCCUCCUCGACUCGGCUUUUCCUGUAACAGACGCCGCUUCCUCGCUCCCACCACGCAUCCAGGCCUUUGUCGACCGAGUUCACCACCAUGCGUCUAGAUUUCGAUCCUAUCGCGCACGCGUACCGAUAAGCAUGCUUCUCGACCCCAUCUUCGUCACCGCCUACCUCAAGACUGGCUCGCUUAUCGCACUUUCCGCACCAUCGGGGCCCGCUGGCCUGGACUCGCCGCCAGACGACACCGUAUGUCUCGAUGGCCAGGGAACCCUAGUGCUCUCGCUGUGCAAGGACACCUAUCAGACCCUCGGCCUCACGGGCAGGGCAAGUCAUUUUUCGCGCCUCUCGUCCGGCCGAGCAGCGGAUCGAACCAGCGGUCCCGACUCGCGCUUCAUCGUCGAGCUGCCGCUGCUCUCGCCAUCCUUCGUGCCGGGCAAGAAGGGAUACCAGCACGCACUCGAUCGGCUGCGUGCCUGGGACCUCGUACGCUCACGCAAGCUCGCUCAAGAACAAACAAUGGCUCAGACACACGCUUCGUCCAGCUUCCAGCCAGCGCGCGGCAGUGGCGAGACUGUGACGAGCGACCACGCGACCUGGGACAUGCUCUUCGUCUGGUCGCCUCCCGCACAUGCUGCCGACAAGAUCAUGCGCGCAGGCUCGUCAGACUCGUCCGUCGUCAACGAGAUCCGCUUUCCCGACCACCUCGUGCAUCCGAACCAAGUGCAAGAGUUGCUCAUCCACGCCCCGGUCCCUGUCGUGACCGAGUCCGUUUGGGUGCCCAGGCUCGACGAUUCCACGCCGCACGCUCUCUCACAGCAGCCCUGGAACACAGCCUCUCCGUCAGCAUGGCAGCACUUCCAAGACGAUCUGCAAGAAACAAUCGAGUGGGUGGGACUUGCGUCGCUUGGCGCCAAUGCGGUGCGCACCUACGCCAAGCCCGACUCGACGUGCGUCUACGCCCCUCCGCGCUCCAGCCAGCCCGGCCGCACGGUCAAACUCGCCCUCGCCGGCACGCGCGACGAGCCAGUGCUGCUCAGCCCGCUGCUCAUCGCGCACAUCACUCGCGAGCUCGAUGCGCUCGUCUCGGAGCUGCACGCCACCACGCCGCAAGUCGGGUGGGCGACCAUGACGUGCGUCGGCUUUGCGCAGGCCCCGCUCACGUGGCGGUCCAAAGUGCCGCUCAGCUCGGUGUACGGUGCGACAGAACUGCCCGGCAACAAGGCCGCCCAAUCUCACCGCCAAAGUGAGAAUGUCGAGGACGUGGCAAUGACGGACUCGUCCGAGGAAGACGAAGACGACGAGGGGGAGAGCGAUUCGUCGCUCGACAUGGGCGCGCGCGUGGUUCGGCGCAGGAAGCGCUCCCAACGCAGCAUCGGCAAGAAUCACACCGAACACGCAUUCACGCCCAGCACCGGCGAGACGGGCUGGAUCUCGUUCUGCCUUCCUCCCGCCCUCAAGGUGCAGAACACUCGGUGGAUUCUAGUUGAGCUGGUUGGUACGGAUACGCGGUCGUAA